AUGCCUGGUUGUGAAGUAUGUUUUGACUUGAAUCCUGGCUCCGAAGGUGGAUUGAUCAACUGGAAGAUUCAUAUUACAGAUGAUUGUGCCUGUGAAUUUCGUCUGGCUUUUGAAAGUGCUCAACUCAAAAACUCUGCUGGAACUCAAUGUUCGAGUUGCUCGAUGAUCCAAAGUGGAAUUAGCUUGAUUGAAAAGAAGUAUUCGACUAGAAAUCAUCGGAUAGAUGUGAAAGAAGGGGGGACUUUAAUUCUUCGUGAAGGGAUUCCACUGAUAUUGGAACUGAAAAACUUGCUACACUUCGAGUACUUUUCUAAAAGAGCACCAGAGGAACAAGUCCUUCCAUCAAGACUACUUGAUAUAAGAAAAAAAGCUCAUAAUGCAAUCGUUCCUGUGGAGGUUCAUAAAAACAACGGCUCGGAGGCAAGAAAAGCCAUCACACGUUAUGCGACACUCAGUCGUUGUUGGGGAAAAGUCCAGCUUCUGAAAACAACCAAGAGUUCUUUAAACAAACACAAAAAUGGAAUACGACCAAGCAUUCUUCCCAAAACUUUCCGCGAAUCGAUAAAAGUACUUCAAGCUCUCAGGAUUCACUAUGUAUGGAUAGACAGUUUGUGUAUAAUUCAAGACGACGAUGCGGACUGGAAGCGUGAGUCAGCAUGUAUGGCUGCCAUCUACUCUCACAGCUAUUUAAAUAUCGCUGCAACAGGUGCAAGAGAUAGUACGGGUGGAUGUCUUAACAUACGAUGUUUGAAGCAACUGUUAUUUAAAUUUGGAACAAAGUCAUACCCCAUCACCGAUCAAGGCAGGAAUAUUGAUUGGGGAAUUCGACUCCGCCCUUCAUUUGAAUCAGUCCAUCACCGUUACAAUAGUCGGGUGAGUUCUGAAACAGACCUUUUGGAUAAGAUAAAUACCCCUCUUUUGUCUCGAGCUUGGGUAUUUCAAGAACGACAAUUAGCACCGCGAACUUUACAUUUCCAUCCUUCCGAACUCGUAAUGGAGUGCAAAUCAGGUCUCCGCUAUGAAUGCACAGUUCUUGAAAGAAUGAACGAAGAUUCAGGCAGUAAUUCGAAGGAUCAAGAUAGCUUGGGACCUGAGGCUUACGAAACAUUCAAUGAAUGGAAUGAAUUGGUCAGAGAGCAUUCGCAAUUGUUGAUCACGAGGGAAUCAGACCGGUUGAUUGCGCUUAUUGGAAUUGCAACCCAAUUCCAGAAAAAAGUGAAUUGUGGAAAUCUAGCUGGACUAUGGAGCUCUGAUAUUGCAAAGGGCUUGUUGUGGGAUAUUACUGGAAGCCCUUACAUGAGAGAAAGAAAGGAUCUAAAACGUUUUGAAGAACCCUUUGCCCCCACUUGGUCCUGGGCCUCUCUGGUUCAAGGCGUAGGCACUUUCACCACCUCAGUUGUGUUUCAGCCAGGCCAAGUGCUCACACCCCACGAAAAUUUCAGAUACUUGGGGACCAAUUUGUCGUAUUCGGCCAGUGAUUGGCAUAAUAUGCAAGGCAAAGCUUAUAUCCAGAUCCAAUGUUUAGCUAUACCUGCCAUCGUGUACAAGGAACGAAAGCACCCCGGUGGUUCUGUCAGACCCAGACUUGUCUUCAGGAGUGAAUACAAUCGAAAAUUCGAAGCUAACUUGGAUAUGUCUCCAAUUAUCUCGACAGCUGAUGAGAUUUUCUCUGUUGCGAGCAGUACUGAUAUCUACCGUUUAGUAGUUGCAAGAAGAUAUCACACAGAUGAAAAUACCAACCAAAAAAAUUCCUGGCUACAUGUCCUAAUGUGCACAUCUUUGGAGACAACAACAACCAAAGAGAUCGAGACAAUAAGAAUUGGGGUCUGCAGCAUAUUUGAAGCUGAGACACCACUCAAGUUCGCGCAGGAUUUGGGUUUCAAGCUGCUAUGA